UAAUAUGAGAGUUUCCCAAACUACAUAUAUAAUCUUGGAGCUAGGGUUUUGCAUUCUGUCCGCAGCUCCAACGUACGAGUGAGAGAGAGUGAGGGAGAGAGAGGGAGCCACCGCCGUCUAUUCUCACAUCCACCACUAAGAUGGCUAGAGGUUUGAAGAAACACCUUAAGAGGCUCAAUGCCCCCAAGCACUGGAUGUUGGACAAACUUGGGGGUGCUUUUGCCCCCAAACCAUCAUCUGGACCCCACAAAUCCAGGGAGUGCUUGCCUUUGAUUCUGAUUCUACGAAAUAGGCUUAAGUAUGCCUUGACUUACCGUGAGGUCAUUGCAAUUUUGAUGCAACGCCAUGUCCUUGUUGAUGGGAAGGUCAGGACUGAUAAGACAUAUCCUGCUGGUUUCAUGGAUGUUGUUUCUAUUCCAAAGACCAAUGAGAAUUUCCGUCUUCUGUAUGAUACCAAGGGCCGUUUCAGGCUGCACUCUAUCCGGGAUGAGGAAGCUAAGUUUAAGCUGUGCAAAGUCCGUUCAGUUCAGUUUGGCAAGAAAGGUAUUCCGUACCUCAAUACCUAUGAUGGAAGGACCAUCCGCUAUCCAGACCCACUCAUCAAGGCAAAUGACACUAUCAAACUUGACCUGGAGAGCAACAAAAUUGUUGAUUUCAUCAAAUUUGAUGUUGGGAAUGUAGUGAUGGUGACUGGUGGUAGAAACAGGGGACGUGUUGGGGUGAUCAAGAACCGUGAGAAGCAUAAGGGAAGUUUUGAGACUAUUCACAUCCAGGAUGCUACUGGCCAUGAGUUUGCUACUCGGUUAGGCAAUGUUUUCACAAUUGGAAAGGGUACAAAGCCGUGGGUGUCUCUUCCAAAGGGCAAAGGUAUCAAGUUGUCCAUCAUUGAGGAGGCCAGGAAGAGGCUUGCCGCCCAAUCUGCAACAGCUUAGUAGAUAUAUUCAAGCUUCCUUGAUUGUGUUACAGUAGUAUGAGAUGCCAUCAUUGUGCUAUUAUAGGAUCUCUUUCUGGCGAAUUUGAUGUUGUUCCCAACCUAAGUUUUGACGUUUAUAUUGUUUUUUCAUAUUUUGGAUAAUUUUAUUUCGGAUAUUUGAUGACAAAUUUAAGACAUUUCAUAUCUCUCUA